UGUGUAAAUACCGGCAAUCGUGGACUUUCACUAGGAUACACACCUUCAAAUUGUGGACGCACUGGGACCGUGGACGUCCACGGUUACUUUUGCUGUAUUUUUGGAAUAUCUUUGGCUAGAAGAGGGCGCUCUAUCAUUCCCCAACAGUUUUAACGAUAGUCCACGUUUUGGCGGUGAAGAUCAGGAGUCGGUGCGUGAAAGUAUGAACUACAUUCAGCUCGUGUGACAAAAAAAUGGAACGUACUCGUCCCUAACUGUAGGACGCCCUCAAGCGGUACGUGCGUGGCGCGCUGUACCGAUCCGGGCCGCUGCGAGCUCGAGCGCGCCGAGCGCGCAAGUUGGCACCGUGCCAUGCCAUUUCCCGCGCUUGCAGGAUGAAACACGUCCACGAUUCGAUUGUUCAGAUCGCUGGACGCCUGCGAUGAUUUAACGAUUAUAGGCAGAUAGAAGGCACAUCAGAGAAAAUGAAUUGCAGAAAAACAAGGAGAAUAUCGCCUCAACAACAUGCUGAGAAAUGGUGCAAUAAUGGCAGUGAUCAAGUAGGCUUCGAGAGGAGGUACAUCAAUGACUGUGUUGGUUAUGGUCUUUUCACCACUAAGCAUUUCAGCAAGGGGGACUUCCUGCUGGAGUAUAGAGGGAAAUUGGGCAAGGGAAAUUGCAACAACGAUAACGAUUACACUUUCUUUUUCAACCACCAGGGUGUUGAGUACAGCAUUGAUGCAAUGAGUCCCACUUCAUGUAUGGCACGGUGGAUCAACGAUGCGAAAGACACACCCAACUGUGUGAUGAAGAAACUAGUUUUCAAAAGCUGUGAUGAACCACACCUGUGUCUGUUUGCCUUGUUCGAUUUGGAAGUUGGCUCAGAGCUGCGAUACAAUUAUGGCAUAGACAAUCUACCCUGGCGACAGACCAAAUGGAAGCAAGAUCACAGCGACAAUGACUGUCCAUGCCAGUUGUAUUCACCAUCGUUUCAUGAUGAGCCACAGCAAUCACGCAUCAGUGCUGGUCAUGCAGCACAAAUGCCUUCCAAGUUGUCUAUAGCUGAGCCACACCAAUCACACAUAGUUUGUGGUGGUCCACAUUGUCUUAAGAAAGAUGUCCAGGCAGCAGACCAAAUGCCUUCCAAGUCUCUUGAUGAGCCACAGCAAUCACACAUAGUUGUUGGUCCUCAUUGUCUUGAGCAAGAUGUCCAGUCAGCAGACAAUAUGCCUUCCAAUUCCUCUCUAGGUCAGCCACAGCAAUCACACAUAGUUGGUGGCCCUCAUUCUCUUGAGCAAGAUGUCCAGUCAGCAGACCAUAUGCCUUCCAAUUCCUCUCUUGGUGAGCCACAGCAAACACACAUAGUUGGUGGCCCUCAAUAUCUUGAGAAAGAUGUCCAGUUAGCAGACCAAACUCCUUUGAAGUCCUCUCUUGAUGAGCCACAGAAAUCACACACAGUUAGGGGUCGUCAUCGUCUUGAGAUAGAUAUCCAGUCAGCAGACCAAAUGCUUUCCAAUUCCUCUCUUGAUGAGCCACAGCAAUCACAGAUAGUCAGUGACCCUCAAUGUCUUGAGAAAGAUGUCCAGUCAGCAGACCAAAUGCAUUCCAAUUCCUCCCUUGGUGAGCUACAGCAAUCACACAUAGUUGUUGGUCCUCAUUGUCUUGAGCAAGAUGUCCAGUCAGCAGACCAAAUGCCUUCCAAUUCCUCUGUUGGUGAGCCACAGCAAUCACACAUAGUUGUUGGUCCUCAUUGUCUUGAGCAAGAUGUCCAGUCAACAGACCAAAUUCCUUCCAAUUCCUCUCUUGGUGAGCUACAGCAAUCACACCUAGUUGUUGGCCCUCAAUGUCUUGAGAAAGAUGUCCAGUCAGCAGACCAAACGCCGUUGAAGUCCUGUCUUGAUGAGCAACAGAAAUCACACAUAGUCGGGGGUCGUCAUCGUCUUGAGAGAGAUGGCCAGUCAGCAGACCAAAUGCUUUCCAAUUCCUCUCUUGAUGAGCCACAGCAAUCACACAUAGUUAACGUUGGUGGCAAUCACACAUAG